GGUGUAGGAAGUCCCGGAAGCGCAGCCGGGACUGUUGGCGAUGAUGGCGGAGAGUCCGGCUGCUGAGGAGGUAGCUUCGGCCGCGGUACUGUCAGCCCCGGCAGGCGGAGGGCCUGGAGCCGGAGCCGGUGGCGGAGGCACGGGCGUCUUCCUACCAGCCGAGCUUUGGGCGGUAGCGGGGUUGGGUUCGGGAGGAGGAGCGGGAGCGGGAGUCGGUUCUGCAGGAGCUCCGGUGCCUGGGAUUCCCCCUGCUGCCGCCGCCGCCGCCGCCGCUGCCGGAGUGCUCCUUUCACAUUCGGCCUUCUGGGACCCCACGACCAGUGGGGAUUGGGACGGGGAGAGACCGAGCGCUGCCUGCCUGCUCCGCAUUAAACGGGAUAUCAUGUCAAUUUAUAAGGAACCACCUCCUGGAAUGUUUGUCGUACCUGACCCACAUGAUAUGACCAAGAUUCAUGCGUUGAUCACAGGCCCCUUUGACACGCCUUACGAAGGGGGUUUCUUCUUGUUCCUGUUUCGCUGUCCUCCAGAUUAUCCUAUCCAUCCGCCGCGGGUCAAACUGAUGACAACUGGGAAUAAUACAGUGAGGUUUAACCCUAACUUCUACCGAAAUGGGAAGGUCUGCCUCAGUAUUCUAGGCACAUGGACUGGUCCAGCUUGGAGUCCUGCACAGAGCAUUUCUUCAGUACUUAUAUCUAUACAGUCUUUAAUGACUGAGAAUCCCUAUCACAAUGAACCUGGCUUUGAACAGGAAAGGCAUCCAGGAGACAGUAAAAAUUACAAUGAGUGCAUUCGACAUGAAACUAUCCGCAUCGCUGUAUGUGACAUGCUGGAAGGGAAAUGCCCUUGUCCAGAACCUUUACGUGGAGUUAUGGAGAAAUCCUUCAUGGAAUAUUAUGAUUUUUAUGAGGGGGUAUGCAAAGAGAGGCUUCACCUCCAAGGACAGUCCAUACAGGAUCCCUUUGGAGAGAAGCGAGGACACUUUGACUACCAGUCACUUUUAGUACGUUUGCAAGGAAUUCGCCUGAAGGUUCAGGAGAAGCACCAGCAGGAGAAUCCAGAUAUAGACUCAGAAAGCAGCUCUUCCGAAACAGAAACAGACACUCAGGGGAGCGUUAAGAUUUAGAUGCCUCCCACCUGAUCACUUGGGAAUCCAAAACGUGAGGGUGGGAUCUUCCAACUCCAGGUGCUGUGGAGGACCCCAGAGAGACCUAAGAACUGUUUUAGGUUCCAGAGUGAGCACACAAGUGGAAAAAAAACAGCCUUUUGUUACCUGGUACAUCCUGUUAAAAGAGCUAAAACCGAACUGGGCUUGUGAGAGGCUGCAUUUUAGAAAUGACCCUUCCCUCUGCUGGAGACCUCUGAGUGAAUGACACGCAAAAAAAAAAAAGCAUUUUGGAAAAACCUGUAGGCAGGUUUAUGUCUCCCUUUCCGCCAAUUCUCAAAAGAGCAUGAGAUAAAGCAUGGCUCCUUGUUCCAUUGUCCUUGUUUCAUAAAUGUACUGCAUAUUCCUGGCACUUCCCUCCCAGCUUGUUUUGACACCUUGAUGGGCUCCCAGUAAUUGAGUCUGUUAAAGCACUUUUUGACUAUUUGUACAUCACAUCCUAUUUCUUCAGAUCUGGUGCACUGUAGCUUCCCAAUUGGUUUGAUGUUGUCUGUCUUAAAGACAGACCAAAGAAGAAUUUUUGCUGGAACUGGGCUUCAUGUUUUGUUUUGCUUUGUUUUGACGUUUCCACAGCUUUAUUAACUUCUUGUUUUCGUGACUUUCAGGAAGUCCAGGCAGAAAGGAGUAAAACGCAGUCCAGGAAAAGAAUUAAAAUUCAGAUUUCAAGCCUACUGUGCAAGUCAAUGGUUCUAAAGGAGAAAAAAAAAUAUCUCCUUUAGUAAGAUGGAUAUAAUUUGGGGGAUGGGUUAUAUAUAGUGAGGGAGAAAUAAUGAUUGCAGAACUGAAGUACAAAUAAGUGCAGCAGAACCAACAAAUUAGCAUGUUUAUCUGAAGUAGCUUUAGCUUCCAUGCUUUAUUUUUGGGAGGCAGGGGGAACCUACCUAGGAGUUUCAUGACAGAGAAAGAAGAAAUAUGCUCAAUGUCUCUUAGACUGUUACGCCUGGGGAAUAAAUUGUUGUUACUAUCCAGUCAAAGGAUCAGAUCUUAUUUUAAUAAGAAUUUAUUGAACCUGGAAUAUGGAAUUGCACGGUAGUGGAUGAGUUUUUCUAUAAAAUCUAUCAUAACUCCAUUCUUACAGAUUGCAUCUAUGAUACAGAAAAGAUUCCAGAUUUCUGAAGAUUUUUUUAAAUGUAGGAAUUUAAAGUCUUUCUAGAGAAAAUCCAGACGACUUAGCACUUUUAGAACUGUCUCUAAGCUUUUAGAAAAUUGGAGGAAUUUAUGUUAAUUAUUGAUGCACAUGUGAUCUGAAGCAGGAGCCAUUCUAUGGGAAAGACUGUAUUUAGCCAUCAGCCUAGUAACGUACAGGGUUCAAUUCUUGUACCUGCCAUCCAUCUCACCUCUCCCUUUAAACAUCCUGUAUGUUCAUAGGCAGCAUCCUUCCAGCUGUUCUUGUACUUCCUUUGGGAUAUAAGAGAGGGCAUUCUGCUGCUCAAAAUACCCUGCAGUUUUGGGUAUUGGAAAAAUUAAUUAUAUCUAAAAACAAAGUAGAAUUGUUUCUCUGUCUUUCCUCUCCCCCAAGAGUCUGUCCAAGGGAUAUGAAUAGCUGGUGGUAUCUGGAAAAAAACAUUGCAAUACAAGUUUACAUGUUGAUGCCUUGUGAAAGGGAAGGCUUCAAGAGGCAAAUUUUAUCAUGUUCAUUUUAAUCUCUAGAUAUAAUCCAACAAAAGACAGAUUUACUUAUUCUCUUCUCACUUCCCUCAAAAUCAAAGGGAUGUAAUUUUUAAGUCCUCCUGGUAUCAGUGAGACUUAGGCCUUAUGCACUCUGUGCCAACUGAAUAAAUUUGGCUAUUCACUAGGGCUAGAAGUGCUUCUGAAUUAUAGCACUGUGAUUUCAAGGCAUCUUAACUCCAGGUGCAUGUUGGCUAUUGGAAGUAUUGCAUACAUUUCUUUAAAACAAAACAUGAAAAAUGCCUUAUGUGAUUUUUUUUUCAUGUGGCUCGCAUGUGGGUGUAAGAAAAAAAGGAAUCUGAUUUUGUAGCUGCCCAUAAUUAUCUGUCUUCUGAACGUUUCCAUUUUAAGAAGUGACAAUCCUAGAUGACUGAUCUAGACAAAUGUUAGUGACAUAAUUUUAGACCUAGCAAGCUUAAGAAAAAAAAAGAAACAUGCACAAGGAUCUUCAAAUAAAGAAACCUUGUUUAUAUACAGUUGUACAUAAGGGUUUUUUUUUUUUGGUGCAAUAAAGUUUGUUUUGGCAGGAUCUGGAGUUCAACUGUGUCAUAUCUGAAAUGUAAAGCUGCUACCUAUCCGUAAUGUAUGUUAGAGACUGGAAGAACAACUAUAUAAAUAUACUUAACAUAUGCUUUCUCCAGCAUCAUUACCAGAUCUGCAAUGAUGGAAUUUCCUACUGGAGGCUAGAUUGUUCAGCUCCAGCCUAUGAUCUUGAAAGUGUUCUAAACUCUGUUCUUCCAAAAGCAAUGGAGAUAAGAGAAUAAUCCUAAUCAGCAUUCUAGAGAUCUCCAAUUGCAAAAUUCAGAUGACAUAAAAAUAUGUAUAUUAGAUGUGUGUAACUGAUGUUCUCCAGGCAGCAUAUAAACUAAAUCCCUUGGUGCAUCCAUUCUCAAAAGGCUUCCAAAAAUCGUGUGGCCAACAAAGGAAAAUACAGACCUGAAUAAUAAUCAUGUGAACUUAAGAAUAUAUGAAAUGGAAGCGCCUUUCAUGCUUCCAAUUCAGAAGUACAUUGAGCCACAAUGCUUUCCUAGGCAAAUUGCAAAAUUGUUUCACAUAUUAUUCAAAGCCAUAAUGCAAGUUUGGUUUUGACUGGUUAAAUAGAUUUCCCAUGCUAGGUUCUGGAAGAACUUGAAUGAGUUGCACAAGAGAAAGGGAAAAAACCCACUAACCACCUGCCAUUCACUCAUUUUGACAGUACUGGUCACUAGGAUUUGCAAGCACUGAACAAGAAGUGAUGGCUGCCUUUCCCAUUCUAUUUGUGAACACAUAAAUUUGAUUCCCUAUCUUACCCCAAAUUCCAAAAAAGGCCAAACUCUGAUUCUGAAUGAAUGAUUGUAGCGAUUCCCUUCCUUCCACUUCAACACUACAGACAGCAUUUGCAUAUGGGUAUGUGAAUGUAUGUUUAAUAUUUAAGUGGGUUUCCUAUGUACAUGCCUGCUAAACAGUCCUGUUGAGCUCUACAGGAAUUACCAGUGGUAAAGAAAUAUAGGAUUAUACUGUUGGCUGCAGUGUGUAGUAUACCUGAAAUUGCUCUGGAAUGCAACUUUCUCCAGAGCAAACUUGGAGAACUGUGUUUGCAAAGGCAAUAGAAGGUGGUGCUUCAGUAGCUUCAGGCAAUCACAAUGAAAGAAAUCCAUGCCGUCAAUGCUCAAGUAGAUAUGUGUGUUGUUUUUUUAAAAAAAUAAGCCUAAUAAAUAGUGUUUCAGAUACCAAUCAUUGGUUACAAACUGAUAUAAUUUCAAGGAAUGGGGGGGGGGGGAAGAGGGUGAAUCCAGUACUGUUGGGUGUUGGUUCUUUAUAUGAUACAAGCUCAAUCACAAUUAAGAAAUUGAAGCAUCAGUCUUUUAUCAAGUUUGGUUUUUUUAGUCUUCAAGAUAAGCAACCAGAUAUACAGUGCACUGACUGCAAGCAAAUAUUGGCUAAUCUGAAUCCUGAAAAAUCAUAAGGCAUCUGGAAACCAUACAUUUCAACCUGAAAAAUAAAAGUUCUGACUAUUUCAAAAAUGCAUGAAAAGAAAAUGGCUUUUUGUACAUUUUUGGAUAACGAGAAAAAUUCCCAAAGCACUGAUCUGCUUGGUUAAUAAGUUAAUCUUCCAAAUUAAUGUGAAAUUCAGAUUUUAUUGGAAAUAUUAAUUUCACAUUCAAAAUAGUUUACUAUUCAUUUUAUUGCCAAUGUUCUAUCAGUAUUGUUUCACCUCUUGAUAGGGAAUUCUGAGGGGGAAUUUUUUUUACUAAUAGGCUGAAGUAAAAUGUAGCUUAGAUUGAGUUCCUGCACUACAGGAUGACUGUCCAGUAAUUUUUGUGGGAAGUCAUUAGCCUAUUGCUUGCAUCUUCUAGAUAAACAGCUGUCUCUUGAUCUAUUCGUAACCUCAACAUCAUUGGAUAGGGCAUCAAUCUACAGCAGGCCAACUCUGCACAUAAAUUAUUCCCAAUAAAUUUCCCCUUGUAUUUUAUAUGAAGUCGUAAGAUUCUUAGGAUGUUAAAGGAAGCAGUUUCUUCUUCCACAUGGCAUGAUCUGUGAAUAUAGCUACAGAAAACUCUUUUACCAGGCUGUGUAACUUUGGUCAUGAGUAGUAAGUCUUCAAAUAAGUUUUAUCCUGUCGUUUUUUUGUAUCCAUGAAUUAUAUCCAGAACAUAAGCUUGUUAUUUUAUGGAAAUCAGUAAGACUUCAAUGCAAUCAAUGGUUUUUCAAAUGUCAAUAAAGUUUUAUAUUCACAA